CGAAGUCGGUAGGUAGCUUUGCUUAUCAGCAUCAUGCACUGCGAUUCGAGAUUCGAGAUUCGGGAUUGUGUUUGCGGGACGUGAAGCGACAAGCAUGUGCUUGACAGCGUCAUAGCAGGCAUGCAAACAAAGACCAUGCAGGUAUUUGCCGUCACCACUCUGUCUCCAACAGCAGGUGCGACUACUCCUCGCAAGCCCUUGUUGCUCAGUCACCGAAUGCACUAAAGGUCUCUGAGGUGAAGUCACAACGUUUUGGUGAUCUGGGGAAGCUAGCGCGUCUUCUUUAAGCACUCCCGCGGCGCGCCAGUGCUUGCCGCACCAGGCUUCCUCCACCAGCAUGUCCAGCGCUGCAGCCCAAUACAAGAAGAAGGAUGGCAUACUCUCUGUAUCCGCAGAUGGCAAGACGGUGUCGUGGGACGCGAUCGGUGGUCUGCUUCCGCCACUGGCGAUAGUCAUAGCAGAUAUUGGGAAUCUUCAGCAGACGCCCGCCACCGCCGCAAAAGCCUCUAUCAAGAUCGUAGUCAUCGAGUCCUCCCUACAAGCUGGUAGCCAUACCUUCACGUUCACCUCAGCGACCCCGCGCGAUGACCAGCAGAUGGUCAGAGGCCUACUACAGAAGGGCAUUGAGGCUGCAAAGGCGCAAGAAGCUCCCGCUGUAACGCCUGCAGCUGCUUCUAGUGGCGAUGGCGGCGGCGCGUCCGGCGCCAUAACCGUGGCUCAGACAGUCGCUGCGACUGCCCAGCAAGAUGAGGAUCUGUAUUCUGAUGCUAAGCUGCUCGGUGACCUAGAACUCCAGAUGUCACUUCUGAACUCCAGCCCGGCUCUGCGCCAGCGCUUCGAUCGCGCGUUGACUGAAAAGCCUGCUUCUGUCACCAUGGGACAGUUUUCUACCCAGUUUUGGUCAACGCGGCUGAACCUGCUACGAUCUCACGCCGCCGAGAAGAGUCAAACCACGGGAUCAUAUAAUGUGCUAUCGGUCAUCAAAUCGAAAACCGUCAACGGCGCUCUGAUGCUGAAUUUGACCAAGGAACAGAUUGAAGUUGUGUUUCGGCAGCAUCCUAUCGUGAAGACGGCAUACAAUGAGACAGUACCACCGUUGAGCGAGGGUGAAUUUUGGGAGCGCUUCUUUCACAGCCGUCUCUUCAAGAAGUUGAAGGGAGAGCGAAUCCCCGAUGAUUACGUUACAGAUACACGACUCGACAAAUACUUGAAGUAUGACGAGAACUCGGAAAUCGCGCAGCAGAUGCUGGUUGACAAUAUACCUUGGUUCAUUAACAUCGAAGGAAAUGAGCAAAACCACAGCCAGCAGAAGGGAAAUCGUCAAGACUGGACUAUGGUACCCUCAAGCAACGAGAAAGCGCCCAUUCUUCGUGUUCUGAAUCGCAUGAGCGAGAAGCUGAUGAAGGAGGUGCCCUUGGUCGAUAACCACCACACGCCUGCCGGUCAAGACGAGGACACAUACAAGGAGCUUCAGCUUAAAGAUCUACAACGCGGCUCUGCUGACAACAGAGUCGUUCUCAAGGUCCAGGAUCAAAGUCGUUUCUUUUCUGCUGGACAGAGCUUACAGUCGUCGACCAGCGCUGCAGCUUACACGAAGCGAACCCCAAUGGAAGCACUCUCAACACUGCGACAAGAUCUCGCAAGUAUCAACACAGAUGGUAAAACAUCUGGAAUCGAUCUGCACUUGAAAAUUGCUGUCGAUGAUGACAGUGAUAGCGAAGAUGAAGGUGGCAGCCCGAAGAAGGUCAAGGUUGGCAGUAGAUCGGCACGAGCUGCUGCAACAACACAGAUCGUAUCUGCUGUGAAAAAGCGGCAUUUACAUGAGGACGAAAUUCCCUCCGCGAAAGGUGUUUUGAACAGCGAGCAGGCCGCAAAGCUAGGCAUAUCCGACACCAUUCUCGACAAUCUAACGAUGACACACAACACCACAGUAGAGUUCUUGCACUACUUCUGGGAUGUGUAUCAUUCUGGCAAUCCUGAGCGCGCCAAUGAAGUUGCGAAACUCAUCGAGACUUUGGACAGGUCUCUGGACCGCAUCAAUGCCGUCUCCGAUGCUGCCGAGGCUGAGCGUGGGGCACUUAUCGAGGAGUACCAAAGACGCAAUGAGCUGUAUUUGCAGCAAACUGGAAAGAAAAGAAAAUUCAACCCCGAGGCUAUCAAAGGAGGUGCGAGUGCCAUUGCUCAAAUCAUCCAGCCUCUAAAACGAGCCAUUGAUGCUGCGCGAAGCCAGUACCAGCAAGCUUUGAACGAACAACUGGCUCAAGUCGCCCCUUCCAACGGAUCGUAGUGUUUCUCUUGCUGUGUCUCGUAGCAUGGGUAGAAUUGGGCAUGAUUAUGCAUAGCGAUGGCGUUUUGGGUUACAAGCACUGUGGAACGCUUAUAGCAAACAUGGCUCUCAAGACCUAGCAGUUAAACUUUGCCAAUAUUACUCGAAAUUCGUGCAGAACAGCAUUCCUUCGUAUCACCUUUCUCGAGGGUGGUGAGUACCAUGUUCUGUGAAAACAAGAGCAUGCCAUUCCAGGAAUGCAAGCCUCUGACGCUCAAUUCGGGAGUGCUGCCGCUUACCGCAGCGCAGCCUCG